ACUUAGUUUUGUGAUGAAAAGAUUUGUGGGAGUUUUAGGAUGAGUAUUUGUAUGUGCCUUUAAAAAUUCUGUUGUUGAACCAUGGUGGUGACAAGUUGUGUGCGUCCUACUAGAGCUUUAGGAUCAUCUACUGUUGCCUACCAUUGUGCAGCAAGUGGCUCGAUGGACUCGUGUCUGAUGAUCUGGAGUAUGAGACCUCAGAUGAGAGCCUAUCGCUUUGUGGGCCACAAAGAUGCAGUGAUGUGUGUUCAGUUUUCCCCUUCUGGCCACCUAGUAGCUUCAGGCUCCAGAGACAAAACAGUCCGCUUAUGGGUUCCUAGUGUCAAAGGAGAAUCUACCGUGUUCAGGGCUCAUACAGCAACUGUGAGGAGCGUUCAUUUCUCCAGCGAUGGCCAGUCCUUGGUUACGGCUUCUGAUGACAAAACAGUCAAAGUGUGGACAGUUCACAGGCAGAAGUUUCUAUUCUCACUUAGUCAGCACAUAAACUGGGUUCGCUGUGCCAGAUUCUCUCCAGAUGGACGCUUGAUUGUAUCAGCCAGUGAUGAUAAAACUGUGAAACUGUGGGAUAAAACCAGCAGAGAAUGUAUACAUUCCUUCUGUGAGCAUGGGGGGUUUGUGAAUCAUGUGGAUUUUCAUCCCAGUGGUACAUGCAUUGCUGGAGCUGGUACAGAUAACACAGUGAAGGUGUGGGAUGUUAGGAUGAAUAGACUUCUUCAACAUUAUCAAGUGCACAGUGCUGUGGUAAACAGUCUUUCCUUUCACCCCUCUGGAAAUUACCUGGUUACUGCUUCUAAUGAUUCAACUCUUAAAAUUCUGGACUUGCUGGAAGGAAGACUUCUGUAUACUCUUCAUGGUCACCAGGGUCCAGCCACCUGUGUAGCAUUUUCAAGAGCGGGAGACUUCUUUGCCUCUGGAGGUUCUGAUGAACAGGUGAUGGUAUGGAAGACUAAUUUUGAUGCAGCGGACUAUGGUGAAGUGCUGAAAACGCAGAAGUCUGGCUCUAGUGUGGAUGGGACCUAUCACAGUCUGCUAUCAGAAAUGGAUUGUGGUGUUCACCUUAAGAAAACUAAAACUCAGGAUUCUGGAAGGAACCACGAGCAGCAACAGGACAGCAGUCUUGCAACUACCUUGGAACAUAUCAUGGGACAGCUGGAUGUUCUGACUCAGACAGUUUCCAUCCUGGAGCAGAGACUGACACUUACAGAGGACAAGCUGAAGGAGUGCCUGGAGAACCAGCAGAAAAUUAUUCAGAACAAAGCGAACUGAUUUUGUGAGAAAGGAGCAGAGAUGGAGGCUCUUGGAGGUUUGCAGUGGUUUGUGUUCUUAACAGACUGUGUGUGACUUUAAUGAUUUUGAGAGCAGUCAAUUUUUAAUUGGUAUGUACAGUUAUUGUAUCUGUAAAUACAAAACUUUGUUACUUUACUAGAAUAAAAGGAAGAUUUUAUUUGUAAGACUGAA